GGGCGAUCCGGCGAAGGAGGCGAGAGAACCCUCCCUCUCAGAGCCAAGAAGAGAAGAACCGAAGGCAAGCUUUCCCGGGAUCUUUAACUCCCUCUUAGUUUAGCGCGCCCUCCGGGGAGGCAGGUCCGCCUCCAGAGCCACCCACCAGUUGCCACCUCCAUGUGGAAUUGUGCAUGCUUUGGUACAUGUAGACCUCAGGCCCUUCUUAUCUACGGAAGCAGUUGUUGGGACAGUGGUGAUGAAGGGAUGAUGCUAGAAAUCCUGGAGAAGUUACUUGGAUCCUGAGACCAUCUUAAGGAUGAAGAGAAGAAGAGCUAUGGCUUGGCUGUGGAUGGCAUGCUUACUUGGUCUAGCAUCUUCUUUAGAAGAAAUUCUUUUGGAUACUACAGGAGAGACCUCAGAGAUUGGCUGGACUGCCCAUCCACCUGAUGGGUGGGAUGAGGUGAGUGUCUUGGACGACCGGAAGCAUCUGAUCCGAACCUUUGAGGUGUGCAACGUUGCCGAGCCAGGGCAGAAUAACUGGUUGAGGACUCAUUUCAUUGAGCGUCGAGGAGCCCACCGGGUCCACAUCCGCCUCCGCUUUUCGGUCCGUGACUGUGCCAGUAUGAGGACGGUGGCUUCUUCCUGCAAAGAGACCUUCACUCUUUACUACCAUGAAUCGGAGAUGGACGUGGCCACCCCGGAACAUCCAGAGUGGCGGGAAGGACCAUGGACCAAAGUGGAUACAAUUGCAGCCGACGAGAGCUUCUCGCAGGUGGACAGCACAGGGAAAGUGGUGAAGAUGAAUGUGAAGGUGCGCAGCUUUGGGCCGCUCACCAAGAAGGGUUUCUAUUUGGCCUUCCAGGACUCCGGGGCCUGCAUGUCCCUGGUGGCGGUACAGGUUUUCUUUUACAAGUGCCCAGCGGUGGUGAAGGGUUUCGCCUCUUUCCCGGAAACGUUUGCUGGAGGCGAAAGGACUUCGCUGGUGGAGGCUUUGGGUACUUGCGUGGCUGAGGCUGAAGAAGCCAGCACGACGGGCUCCUCUGGAGUGAGGUUGCAUUGCAACGGGGAAGGCGAAUGGAUGGUGGCCAUUGGGAGAUGUGCUUGCCGUGCUGGCUAUGAGCCUGCGGAUGAGGAGCGAAUCUGCAAAGCUUGCACCAUGGGCACAUUCAAGGCAUUAGUAGGAGAUGCCCCCUGCAGCCCCUGCCCAGCUCACAGCUAUUCUUCAGCCCCAGGUUCCAGUGAAUGUGCUUGCCUCACCCGAUACUACCGCUCCUCUUCAGAUACCUCUGAUGCCCCGUGUACAGGUACCCCCUCAGCACCUCGUGACCUCAGCUACGAAAUUAUUGGCUCCAACGUUCUCCUGACCUGGCGCCUCCCAAAAGACCUAGGAGGCCGAAAGGACGUCUUCUUUAAUGUCAUCUGCAAGGUGUGCCCAACUGGGUCUCCAGGGCCUUGUGUGCGUUGUGGAGACAGUGUCCAGUUUGAGCCACGUCAGGUGGGAUUGACAGAGAGCCGCGUACAAGUUUCCAACCUCCUGGCCCGUGUACAAUAUACCUUUGAGAUUCAGGCAGUCAACCUCGUGACGGAGCUGAGUCCAGAUGCACCCCAGUAUGCCUCCAUCAAUGUCAGCACCAGCCAGUCAGUCCCUUCUGCAGUCCCCAUGAUGCAUCAAGUGAGUCGCACGACGAGCAGCAUCACUUUAUCCUGGCCACAACCUGACCAACCCAAUGGGAUCAUCUUGGACUAUCAGCUGCGCUAUUUCGACAAGUCAGAAGAUGAGGACAAUUCUUUCACCUUAACCAGCGAGACUAAUAUGGCCACAAUCUCCAAUCUGAGCCCGGGAAAGAUAUAUGCCUUCCAGGUGCGAGCCCGGACAGCAGUGGGUUAUGGGCCAUACAGUGGAAAUAUGUAUUUCCAAACCUUGGUGGGAGGUGAGCGCUCUGAGAUGGUACAGGACCGAUUGCCACUUAUUGUAGGUUCAGCGCUUGGUGGUUUGGCCUUUUUGGUGAUUGCUGCCAUUGCCAUCCUUGCCAUUGUCUUCAAGAGUAAGAGGCGAGAGACGCCCUACACAGACCGCCUGCAACAAUACAUCAGCACACGAGGUCUUGGGGUCAAAUAUUACAUUGACCCUUCCACCUAUGAAGACCCCAAUGAAGCUAUCCGGGAAUUUGCUAAGGAAAUCGAUGUGUCUUUUGUCAAGAUUGAGGAGGUCAUUGGAUCAGGAGAGUUUGGAGAGGUGUGCUUUGGGCGCCUGAAGCCUCCAGGGAAACGAGAAUACACCGUGGCUAUUAAGACCUUGAAGGCAGGCUACACGGAGGAGCAGCGUCGGGAGUUCCUCAGUGAGGCCAGCAUCAUGGGACAGUUUGAGCACCCAAACGUCAUCCGCCUGGAAGGGGUGGUCACCAAGAGCCGCCCUGUCAUGAUUGUCACGGAGUUCAUGGAGAACGGCUCUCUAGAUUCCUUCCUCCGGCAAAAAGAAGGGCAGUUCAGUGUGCUGCAGCUCGUGGGCAUGUUGCGUGGCAUAGCAGCUGGCAUGCGCUACCUCUCAGAUAUGAAUUAUGUCCACCGGGAUUUGGCUGCCCGCAAUAUUCUGGUCAACAGCAACCUGGUUUGCAAAGUUUCUGAUUUUGGCUUGUCAAGGUUCUUGGAAGAUGAUGCCUCAAAUCCAACUUACACAGGGGCCUUGACAAAAACCCAGACAUCUGGACAGAUGUAUUUUGUGUACUGUUCCAGGUACUGGCCAGGUGGCAAGAUCCCCAUUCGCUGGACUGCCCCAGAGGCUAUCCAGUAUCGCAAAUUCACGUCUUCAAGUGAUGUCUGGAGCUAUGGCAUUGUGAUGUGGGAGGUCAUGUCCUAUGGAGAGAGGCCCUAUUGGGAUAUGUCCAACCAGGAUGUCAUCAAUGCUAUUGACCAGGACUACCGCUUGCCUCCUCCCCCAGACUGUCCUACCGUCUUACACCUACUGAUGCUGGACUGUUGGCAGAAAGAACGAGUCCAGAGACCCAAAUUUGAGCAGAUUGUCAAUGCCCUGGACAAGAUGAUCCGCAAGCCGUCAGCACUGAAGGCUACAGGCACAGGGAACAGCAGACCGUCCCAGCAUCUGCUGAGCAACUCACCCCCGGAUUUCCCUUCACUCACCAGUGCUCAUGAGUGGCUGGAUGCCAUUAAAAUGGGUCGCUACAAGGAGAAUUUUGACCAAGCCGGCCUAACCACGUUUGAUGUCAUCUCGCGCAUGACUCUAGAAGACAUCCAGCGCAUUGGUAUCAGCCUGGUUGGCCAUCAGAAGAAGAUCCUCAACAGCAUCCAGCUCAUGCGGGUUCAUCUCAAUCAACUUGAACCAGUUGAGGUCUGACACAAAGAGCACACACCAUUCCCCCUCACCAUUCCCUGGCUGCCAAAGGCCCUGGAGAUUUCCCUUUGGAUCUUUUGUUGGAAAAAAGGGAAAUGAAGAGCAGUAAAUUUCCAGCAUCUAUGGAGGUUGCACAGGAUUUUGCAUUCCACUUCACAGAGAUGAACCUUUGAUAAUUCAGAGGAGGUUUUUGUUCAUUUGUUGCUUCAUUUUUAAAAAUAUAUAUAUACAUAUAUAUAAAAAACUUGGAACGCUGCAAACCAUGUGGCAUUUAGACAUGGGUGGAAUUGUACAUUGGGACUGGGUAGGGAUUUAGUACACAGGGUAGAGCUGGAAAGAUAGCUGUGGAGUUGGAAACGCACCUGCUGCCACUACUGCAGCAAUGGAUGGGUUCAGGCCCACUAGAGAUGUGUCAGCGGAUUGUACUUUGGACCGAUAAGGUCUCAAAACUUUCUGAAGUUGGUAAAAUUGGACUAAAGCUGAACAAAGACUGUAUUGCCAGCUCCCCAAAAGGAAUCCCUUGGAAGCUCCUGUCCAACAAGUGGAAUUUACUUCUGAGAAGAGCACCGAGUGCCACCAUUUUCUUUCAGGCAAUUCUGGCAGAGGAAGCCAUUUGGAGAAAGAAGAUGGCAUGGAUGUUGUCUCAGGAAAUGAAAUUUGGAUAUAGCUCCGAGGGGCAAAAUGGGAGGCAGCCAGACCUGUGAGGACACAACAGAACCCACUGGGCCGUUCUCCAGCUCAUUUGAGUGGUGCUCGCACCUGUUAACUUUGUGGUGAUUUGGGUCCCAUUUUAAUUAGUGAAUGGGGCCGGCGGGCAUUUUGUUUGCUUAUUCAGAUUCAGACACCAUUUUGAGCCAGCCAUGGCUGUUAGGUUUAUACCUAGUUUCCUGAUGAGGAAACCAAGAUGGCAACGUCCUGCUUGUCAGGUAAUGCCCAUGGAGGUGUGCCUGACCAGGGAACAGAGGGGCCUUUUGGGGCGGGGGAGUUUCCAACUGGAUAUUCAGACUACAGGAAGUGAAAUAAAACAUUUGACCGAGAGAGAGAGAUACUUGUGCACAAAGCUUUAUUAGAAGGGGAAGGAGGUGACACUGAGCUCUUAUUCAGGCCAGGUUUUUAAAGUAUAGAAUCAUUUCAGAUCUGGUGCUGAGGGAAGAUCCUGACAGAACACGAUCGGUGUUGCUGUGCAAGAAUAAUUUAUGAAGCAGGUUGGGGAGGUGGUUCACCCCGAAAGUGUGCUCUUGGGAAUCACCAGAAACAAUAUUUCCCUGGGAUUAAUGACACUGUUUUAGGAAAGUGCCUAAGUAGUGGUGUGCCUAAGUAAUGACUGUGCAACAGAGUGUCCUUUCUCAUGACCUGUGUAAAAAGUGGCUUCAGAAUCUGGCGAAGUCAAUGUUCCGCUAACCAUUCAAGCUUUAAAGUUGUGAACAUCCAAAUUCCAUUUUUCGGAUAUGCGCUAAAGAAUACUGACUGUAGGUAGCAUGUCAGCAUUCAUUUGUGUAUCUCUUGAAUUUUCAGAUUCUUUUUAUACAGUUACCUGCUUCUGUAAACAUUCACACAUAGACAAAACUUGAUGCCUUUCUUAUCAAAUGCAUUGUUCAGGUAAUAUGGAUAGUGCAACCUGCAUUUUGUAUCAGGCUGUUACUGGGAAAAGUUCAAACUGGAUUAUUUUUGAAUGGCAUUAGAUUUGUUCUUACUGUCUUUACAACACAAAAGUUGUAAGGGAUGGGGGGAGAGGUACAGCAUUGGACCAACAGUUUCAGCUUUGCCAAUAUAUUUGCUAAAACACAGGGAAACGUUUAUAAAGGUUGAAUAGAGCCAAGAUUCAGUGGAGUUCGCAAAUGCUGGUCCUAAAAACCUUUGCUACCUCUGAGGGAAUGCUGCAGUAAAAGUGCUUCCUUCUUUGUUUGUAAUUUCUGCCAUUUUGUAGAUGGAGGCCACAGUCUAAUAUCAAGCCAGGUUUGCUUAAGUCCACUGUGUGCACAUGAUUUCUAGUGCUAGGCAGUGCAGCUAUCAAGCACAAACCACUGAAGAACAUGGAUGACCCACAAUAUUAAGGGAGGACGGGGAAAACAGAUAGCCGUAUGUGUUAAAAAUCUGUAUAAAACCCCAGUGGCACAGACACAGCCUGUGU